GCUUGCUAUAGAAUGUGCCUGGCUGCUUCAGCUCACAGACAACUGAUGAAGUCCAACUCUGAAAUUUCAUGCAAUUUGUAUACCAAGCUCCUCCUUUUCUGUAGUCUUCUCUUCCAUUGGUAAAAUUUUUUUUGCAGGGUCAUGUAGGGAUCCCACCCCUUCUCUGUGUUUUCACUCCGAAGCUCUACACAACUUUACACCUGAAUGAACGCCAAACCUCAGUGGAUAUAUAAAGGGAACCUGGAGGAAGAAUUUCACAGUUACAGUGCAGAAGCAGAGGGAAAAGGAAUUAACCAGCUCUCCAGCCAAGCAAAUCCUCUCCUCACCAUGCUUCCUCCUGCCAUUCAUUUCUAUCUCAUUCCCCUUGCAUGCAUCCUAAUGAAAAGCUGUUUGGCUUUUAAAAACGAUGCCACAGAAAUCCUUUAUUCACAUGUGGUUAAACCUGUUCCAGCACACCCCAGCAGCAACAGCACGAUGAAUCAAGCCAGAAAUGGAGGCAGGCACUUCAGUAACACUGGACUGGAUCGGAACACUCGAGUUCAGGUAGGUUGCCGGGAACUGCGUUCCACCAAGUACAUCUCUGAUGGCCAGUGCACCAGCACCAGCCCUCUGAAGGAGCUGGUGUGCGCAGGCGAGUGCUUGCCCCUGCCUGUGCUCCCCAACUGGAUUGGAGGAGGCUAUGGAACAAAAUACUGGAGCCGGAGGAGCUCCCAGGAGUGGAGGUGCGUCAACGACAAGACGCGCACCCAGAGAAUCCAGCUGCAGUGCCAAGAUGGCAGCACGCGCACCUACAAAAUCACGGUGGUCACCGCCUGCAAGUGCAAGAGGUACACACGGCAGCACAACGAGUCCAGUCAUAACUUCGAGAGCGUGUCGCCUGCCAAGCCCGCCCCGCAUCACAGAGAGCGGAAAAGAGCCAGCAAAUCCAGCAAGCACAGCAUGAGUUAGAAUUCAGACUCUCAGAACUGGACUGACUAGUAACCAUCUGCUUUACAGAUUUGAUUGCUUGGAAGACUUGAGCCUGCCACUGCUAUUUUCUUACUUGAAAAUAUAUGCUUCUGCUUUGAUCAUACCCAGCAAGCUGUCCUAAGUAUCAGGAACUUCUUUGGGAAUGGCUUUUUCUUUUCAAGUUUUUCAAGAUGUACGCCUAUCCACAAGUGUGAUUUGCAUUUAAAUUACACGUAUCCUGUAGUUUUAAUUCCCUGCGGUUCUUGAAAGACUGGUGAUACUAUACACAUCACUGAAUCAUUACUUUUUAAAACAGAGAAGGGUUUCUCCGUUACCGUCCACUCCCCAAACUAUUCUCCCCGCACCCACCGCCCGCCCCACCCCCAAAACAAAACUACUUCAAAAUUGAAAAGUUAAAAAAAAAUUUGUUGCCAUGAAAAUUCACGUCAACACUUAAGAAAGGUGCUUUUUUGAUAAUCUUCAUGGGGACAGUUUAGCAGCCACAAGUGAUCUCCCUCUGAAAGAGUCAAAGACCUUGUGACAUUUCACUUCAAAAAUAAGCCCUGUAGCUUUUUACAGUCUCAUAGUACGAAAUUAUACCCUGCAUGCUGACCCUUGCUUGGAAUGGAAUGCCAGAAAUGCAUGGCAGCAGCUAAUAAGUAAAGCUGAUUAACUAUUUAUUUGUCAAUGUUAUUAUUUAAUGAGCUUUCACAUGUGAUUUUUUUCAAAAUGUUACUUUUUUUUUUAAUGUUUUGAAGCUUUUUCAUGUACCUAAAUAUUUUCCUGUAUAAUUUGUGGUUCAUCUAAAAAUAUGACAAUUCAUGCUGUAGAUAUGUAAAAUAAAUAUUUGUCUCCUUAUUACAUAUAUGUUUUAUCAUGAACUCUAUCAACAGUAUGGAUCUUUUUAAACCAGUAGGUUGCUUUGUAAAGAUGAAAUAUGUAACACUCUCUUGUUUAAUCUGUGCAAUCAGAGGGUAUCUUGACUUUCAGUUCCAUCCAUUUCUUUUAACAAAAAUAAACACUGCUAAAAGUUA